AUGUUAUUAUGUAUUAUAGGUUAUAUGAAUUUUCUAACAUUUGACAAAUUUCUCAGAUUUUAUUAAUAAAAAUUUAUUUUAUGAACUUCUUUGUUGCUUAUACUUUAAAUGGAAACUAAACCAAAAAGUGAACAUUUGUUAGAAUUAAAAGUAAUGAGAUUAACAAGACCUAUGCUUGCAAGUCCAGUAGUUGUUACUUGUGAUUCAACAGAUCUUCCUGGUAAUACUUUAAAUAAUGAACUUAAAAAUGAUUGUACUGCUUUACAAGGAAUGGAAACUCUCGCAGUAGGACAGUUUAUGGUAUUACCACAAAGUUUUGGGUAUGUAUAUGAAUAUAUAUUAAAAUUUAAAUUCAUACAUUUAAUUUUCAAACAAAUUAUUAAUAAUAAUUUAUUUCAGGCAGACUUACAAACAAGUACUCAAAUUAUAUCUCUUUGUGGUAAUAGUGGAGAAAUGAAAGAUUUAGCACCUGAUAAUACAGUUGAUGAAGUUAUACAUCAUGAAGUAAAAGAAAUAGGCACACAUAUACUAGUAUGUGAAGUUAGUUAUACUCCUGUAAAUUUAGGUAAUACUGCACAAUCAUUUAGAAAAUAUUUUAAAUUUCAAGUAGUAAAACCAUUAGAUGUUAAAACAAAAUUUUAUAAUGCAGAGUCAGAUGAAGUAUAUCUUGAAGCACAAAUACAGAAUCUUACAGCUGGUCCAAUUUGUUUAGAAAAAGUUUCACUUGAAUCAUCUCAUUUAUUUAGUGUAUCAACAUUAAAUACAAAUGAAAAAGGAGAGUCUAUUUAUGGAUCAGUUAAUAUAUUAGAUACUGAUUGUAGCAGACAGUAUUUAUAUUGUUUAAAACCACAAAUAAGUUUAUUGAAAGAUCCAAAAAUGAUGCAUAAUGCAACAAAUAUUGGAAAAUUAGAUAUUGUUUGGAGAAGUAACUUGGGAGAAAGAGGAAGAUUACAAACAAGUCAAUUACAAAGAAUGGCACCUGAAUAUGGUGAUAUACGAGUUACCAUGAAAAAUAUUCCUCUUACAGUUUAUCUUGAACAAAUGAUGAAUUUUAAUUGUCAUAUAAUAAAUACGUCAGAAAGAAGUAUGGAUUUAAUGUUAAUUUUGGAAUCAAAUAAUUCUAUAGCAUGGUGUGGAAUAUCUAAUACAAUGAUAGGAACAUUAAAACCUGGUGUUUCAAUAGAUAUUCCUUUAUGUUUAAUUGCAUUACGUAGUGGUAUUAUAACAAUUUCAGGAUUAAAAUUAAAGGACACAUUUUUGAAUAGGGUAUAUGAUUAUGAUGAUUUAACACAAAUAUUUGUUAGCCAAACAGAUUAGUUAUAAAAAAUUAAUAAGUGUGUAAAAAUAUUUAUUAAUUUAAUUUAUAUUUUAUUUAAUAUAUAGCAAAGUUUUAUUAAUAUAUAAUAGAAUAUACAGAUAUAAUAAUGAAAUUAAUUGAUUUUUAUAAAAUAAACAAAAAACUUAAAAAAAAUAUUUUAAAAAUAUGUAUCUAUUGUAGAUAUUUUUUCAGUUUCACUCACUGCUCCUACAGCACAAGCAAGUAAAGUUUGAACAUCUUGAGGUUCAUUUCCACCAAAUAUAUAUCCAUUAGCUUUAUCCACUGCAUUUUUUACUUGUAAUAACAGUGCUUGAUUAGAAAUAUCUAAUGGUAUAAAA